AUGAGCGAUGGCAAGAGGAAAUCUCAAGGAAAGGAUAGGAGCAGACGAAGGUAUCGUCCAGACGGUACGCCAAUAUGGGGCCAGCGUUCAGUGGACGGACCAGGGGUGUGGGUGACAUGCGUAAAGGGAAAGGAAAAACAAACUGUAGGCGAAUUGUAUGACUUGUUCGAGAGUGUAAGUUCGCAUAUGUUCCCUCGAGCUGCUAAGAACGAGCACGAUCCUCAGCUCGCAUCGGAGAUAUGGCCGGACAGUUCUAACGAGACACCUGGCGGAAACGACUCGGGCAGCGAUGAAGCUGAUGAUGGCGACGUUGAGAAACAAAUUGCGAGGGAGAUGUUGUCGAUGAAGCGUCCCCGGAAAGAGCAAAGGUUCGGUAAUUGUCAGACGAACACACAAUGCGUCGUCUUCAUAUCAUGCAAGCCACCUGUCGAUCCUGUUCAACUGGUCAUGAAGCAUGUACGAACUGUGAUGGAUACAGGCGUAACGCAUACCAGAUUCACUCAACGCCUCACACCUAUCUCGGCCACAUGUGUUGCAAAUCUUCCGGAGAUAAAGUCUCUGUUCAAUCGUGUCGUCAGUCCGUUCUUCGAAGAAGAUCCAGAAAGGACUUAUCACUAUAAAAUCGAGCUCAGGAUGCGAAAUCACAGCACAAUUGCGCGGCCAAUUUUAAUCCAAGAGCUGGCGAAAUGUGUACCGGAAAAACACAAGGUUGAUCUAGAGAACGCAGAAGCCUUUAUACUUGUAGAAGUCUUCAAGAGUAUAUGUGGAAUAAGCAUAGUGAAGGACUACUACAGGUUCCAGAAGUUCAAUGUAAUGGAAAUAGCCAACGCAAAGAACGAGAGCGCACAAGGAGAGGGCCGGAUUGCGGAUAAAGGGUAG